UCGCGGGAAACUGACGGGAAGGAGUUCAGUUUUUGCCGCGGAACAGAAACUCUGAGCAGCUUUUGUCUCCUCGGCAGUUUUCAUCUUUUGUGUUUUACUUUAAAGUAAAACUUAAAUCUUCACUUUCAGCUCCAGUUUGACCGCAGAGCCGCCGCAGGAUGUCUGGAUUUGACGACCCGGGAGUUUAUUACAGCGACAGCUUUGGAGGAGGAGAGGGACCCGGCGGGGACGAAGGGGGACAGAAGAGGGUCCAGAUCAAGAAACGGUUCCGGGAGUUCCUCCGGCAGUUCAGAGUGGGCACCGACCGGACCGGAUUCACAUACAAAUACAGAGAUGACCUGAAGAGACACUACACCCUGGGGGAGUUCUUGGAGGUGGAGAUGGAGGAUCUCGCCAGUUUUGACGAGGAUCUGUCCGACUGUCUCUACAAGCUGCCGUCUGAGAACCUGCCUCUGCUGGAGGAGGCUGCGAAGGAGGUGGCGGAUGAGGUGACUCGUCCUCGUCCUGCAGGGGAGGAGACGAUCCAGGACAUCCAGGUCACGCUGAAGAGCGACGCACAUCACGCGUCUAUCCGCGGCCUCAAGUCGGAGCAGGUGUCUCGUCUGGUGAAGGUGCACGGCAUCAUCAUCUCCGCCACCGCGGUGAAGGCGAAGGCCACCAAGGUGUGUCUGCAGUGUCGCGGCUGCCGCAACGUCGUCCCCAACAUCCCCCUGCCUCCGGGCCUGCAGGGUUACGCGCUGCCGCGCAAGUGCAGCAGUGACAAUCCCGGCAGAGUGAAGUGUCCCGUGGACCCGUACUUCAUCAUCCCGGACCGCUGCGUCUGUGUCGACUUCCAGACUCUCCGCCUGCAGGAGUCUCCAGACGCCGUGCCUCAUGGAGAGAUGCCCCGUCACCUGCAGCUCUACUGCGACCGGUACCUGUGUGACCGCGUGGUCCCCGGAAACAGAGUGACCAUCAUGGGAAUCUACUCCAUCAAGAAGAUGGCGGCUGCGAAGGCCAAAGGCAAAGAGAAGAGCGCCGGCGUGGGAAUCCGAGCAUCUUACCUGCGCGUGGUCGGCAUCCAGAUGGACACAGAAGGCGCCGGUCGUGGAGCUACCGGGUCCGUGUCUCCACAGGAAGAGGAGGAGCUCAGAGCGCUCGCCGCCACUCCCAACGUCUACGCGUCUCUGGCUCGCUCCGUCGCUCCGUCCAUCUACGGCAGCGACGACCUGAAGAAGGCCAUCACCUGUCUGCUGUUCGGAGGCUCCAGGAAGAGGCUGCCUGACGGUCUGACGCGUCGAGGCGACAUCAACCUGCUGAUGCUGGGAGAUCCCGGAACCGCCAAGUCUCAGCUGCUCAAGUUUGUGGAGAGGUGCUCGCCGAUCGGGGUAUUUAUCCGUUUUUAUACGUCGGGUAAAGGCAGCAGCGCCGCCGGUCUGACCGCCUCCGUGCUCAGGGACCCCAACACCCGCGGCUUCAUCAUGGAGGGCGGAGCCAUGGUGCUGGCCGACGGCGGAGUCGUGUGCAUCGAUGAGUUUGACAAGAUGAGAGAAGACGACAGAGUGGCGAUCCACGAAGCCAUGGAGCAGCAGACCAUCUCCAUCGCCAAGGCCGGCAUCACCACCACGCUCAACUCUCGCUGCUCCGUGCUGGCCGCCGCCAACUCCGUGUUCGGCCGCUGGGACGACACGAAGGGCGAGGACAACAUCGACUUCAUGCCCACCAUCCUGUCCCGCUUUGACAUGAUCUUCAUCAUCAAAGAUCAGCACGACCAGCAGAGAGACAUGACGCUGGCCCGUCACGUGAUGAACGUUCACCUGAGCGCUCAGACGCAAACGGAGGGAGUCGAGGGCGAGAUCCCGCUCGCCACCUUCAAGAAGUACAUCGCCUAUUCCAGAGUGAAGUGCGGCCCUCGUCUCUCUGCUGCGGCUGCAGAGAAGCUGAAAAACAGAUACGUGCUGAUGAGGAGCGGCGCCAGAGAGCACGAGAGAGAGAGCGACAAACGGCCCUCCAUCCCCAUCACCGUCAGGCACCUGGAGGCGGUGGUGCGAAUCGCAGAGUCGCUGGCGAAGAUGAAGCUGCAGGCCGUCGCCGGAGAGGAGGAGGUGGACGAGGCUCUCAGACUCUUCCAGGUGUCCACGCUGGACGCCGCGCUGUCCGGCAGCCUCUCAGGAGUCGAGGGCUUCACCUCUCAGGAGGACCAGGAGAUGAUCUCUCGGGUCGAGAAGCAGCUGAAGAGACGUUUUGCUAUCGGCUCCCAGGUGUCGGAGCACAGCAUCGUCCAGGACUUCACCAAACAGAAAUAUCCGGAGCACGCCAUCUACAAAGUCCUCCACCUGAUGCUGAGGAGGGGCGAGCUGCAGCACCGCAUGCAGAGGAAAGUCCUCUACAGAGUCAAAUAGAGCAAACUGCACUCAUACCUGUUAAUUAUCAUGUUCAUGAAAAUGUAAAUAGUUUAAGUCUGCCUGUUUUUGCUGCUCUGCAUCUGAGAAUCAUUGCUGAUCUCAGUCCUGGUGGAAACUGUUCAGUUUGGAUUUUAUGGCGGCGAAGGCCAG